CCGCGCCGUUCCCCAUGGCGUCCCUCGGUGCGGCCGGCGUCUCCGGCGCCCCCGGCGCCGCCAGCAAGCGCCCCAUGAACCUGACGGUCAAUUCGCGUGUCGGAGCCCUCAGCUCCGGCACCGGCCCGCGGUCUCCCCGGUCGCCGCGCUUCCGCCAGCCCCAGCCGGAAGAGCAGCCCGGCAUCAACCUGGCCAAGGACCACGAUCAGGUCCAGCUCCAGCGCGGCGACCGGGUGUGGGUUGCCCACCCUACCCAGGCAUACACCCUGGCCACCGUCAAGCAGAUCGAGGAGGGUGGCAGCAAGAUCACCAUCUUCGACGAGGCCUACCAGACCUCGACUCUGCCUCGGUCGAAGAUCCUCCCCGCCUCCAACCCCCUCAACACCAAGGGCGUGGAUGACAACACGGAGCUCAUGUACCUGCAUGAUGCUGCGCUGCUGGACAACCUGCGCGUUCGCUAUGACAUGCAGAACUACUACUCCUACACGGCGUACAUCCUGAUCGCUCUCAACCCGUACCACCAGGUCCCGGGUCUCUAUGGCCCGGAGCGCAUCGCCGAGUACAGCAACAAGCCCAUCGGCCGCAAGCCGCCCCACAUCUAUGCCCUGGCCGACCGGGCGUACCGGAGCCUGCGCGCCAGCAAGUCCAACCAGACGAUCGUCGUGAGCGGCGAGUCCGGUGCCGGCAAGACCGAGUCCUGCAAGCUCAUCACACGGUUCCUGACCACGGUGGCCAGCCCGGCCUCGGCCUCCGGGCAGCUGCAGCAGCUGGAGGAGCGCAUCCUCCAAUCCAACCCCCUGCUGGAGGCCUUCGGCAAUGCCAAGACCGCGCGCAAUGUCAACUCCUCGCGCUUCGGCAAGUACACCGAGCUCCUCUUCGAUCGCAAGGACCUCCAUGUGGCCGGUGCCACCAUCGAGACCUACCUGCUGGAGACGUCGCGCGUGGUCCGCCAGUCGGCCAUCGAGCGCAACUUCCACAUCUUCCACUACCUGCUGGCCGGCGCGUCGGACCGCCAGCGUGCCGAGUUCCACCUGGCCUCCGGGGCCGGGGCCGGGAAGCUGUACGCCUAUCUGGCCGGCGCGGCGCCCACCAUCGACGGGGUGGACGAUGCGGCCGAAUUCACCCGGGUCAUCCAGGCCAUGGAUGUGCUGGGCGUGUCGCGCGUCCACCAGAAUGAGAUCCUCCGCAUGCUGGCCGCUACCCUGCACCUGGGCAACAUCCGGUUCCUGGAUGCCGAUGAGAAUGCCGCCGCCGGUGGCGGCGCCUCCGAAACGGCCGACGCCUGCAAGGUGUGCCCCACUUCGCAGAAGGCCCUGGAGCAUGCGGCCGAGCUGCUCUGCCUGCCGGCCGAUGCUCUCAAGCGUGCGCUGGUCACCCGGACCAUGGUGGCCGGCACGUCGGCCCGGCGCGAUGUCUAUACCCUGCCCCUGCGGCCGGCCGAGGCCCAGGGCUCGCGCGACUCCCUGGCCAAGCACCUGUAUGCCGGCAUCUUCCGGUGGGUGGUGGAUUGUGUCAACCGCGCGGUGCCGGUGGCCGCCGGGGCCGCCUCCGGCACUCGGACCAUCGGCCUGCUGGAUCUCUCGGGCUUCGAGAUCUUCGAGACCAACUCGCUGGAGCAGUUCUGCAUCAACUUCGCCAACGAGAAGAUCCAGCAGUAUUUCGACCGCCAGGUUCUGGGCCAGGAGCAGGAGAUCUACGAGCUGGAGGGCCUGCGCUGGCGCCGUGUCGAGUUCAAGGACAACGCCGCCAUCAUCGACCUGGUGGAGAACAAGCGCUUCGGCAUCCUGUCGUUGCUGGAUGAGGAGUGCCUGAUGCCCAAGUCCACCGAUGCCUCGCUGGCCAUCAAGCUCCACACUACGCACACCAACAACGAGUACAUCAGCAAGCCCAAGAUCGGCCAGGGCCGCAAGCGCAUCACCGACCGCGAGGGCUUUGUCAUCCGCCACUUCGCCGGCGAGGUCACCUACGAGGUGGCCGGCUUCCUGGCCAAGAACAAUGACACCCUGCAUGAUGACCUUCUUGGCCUCUUGACCCGGGCCACGGAGAACCCCUUCAUCUCCGGCAUGUUUGCCACCCAGGUGGCCGACGACCCGACCAGCGCCCAGCUGACCACCGGCGGCCGGUUCAAGUCCCUGGCCGGGGGCUUCCAGCUGCAGCUGACCUCCCUGAUGUCCAAGCUGUCGGCCACCACGUCGCACUUUGUCCGGUGCGUCAAGCCCAAUGACCGGCAGCAGGCCGGGCUCUUUGAGCCGGUUCGCGUGCUGGAGCAGCUCCGCUACUCCGGCAUGUGCACGGCCUUGGUGCUCAUGCAGUCGGGCUUCCCCACUCGCAUUGGCUUUGACGAGCUGUAUGAGCGCUAUGCGCCGCUCAUGCCGGAGCCCAUCGCCCGGCUGGCGCCGCAGACCUUCUGCGAGGCGCUGCUCGUGGCGCUGGAUCUCCAUGGCGGCCGGGACUUCCAGAUGGGCCUGACCAAGGUCUUCUUCCGGGCCGGCAAGCUGGCCCUGAUGGAUGAGUUGACCAGCGAAAAUCGCGAGUCCAUGCAGCUGGUCGUCGGCAAGGUGCUCAAGUGGCUGGCGCGCAAGCGCUUCCGCACGGCCAUCUGGUCGGUCAUCGCGGCCAACCGCCUGGCCGGGGUGCUGGAGGGGGUGCGCCGGGUCCGGGCUUUCCGUCGGGCUGUGCGCCUGCAGGUGAUCCUCGUCCGGGCCAUCUACCGGCCACUGGCGGCCGUCCGGCGUCGACUCUACAGCGAGGAGGCCCUGCGCCGGCGUGAGGCCGAAGCGGCCCGUCGCGCGGCCGAGGCCGAGGCCCGUCGUGCUGCGGAGGCCGCGGCCGAAGCCGAGCGCCAGGCGGCCGAGGCCGCUGCCCGUGCCGCGGCCGAGGCCGAGGUUCGCCGUGUGGAGGAGGCCCGGCGCCAGGCCGAGGAGGAGCAGCGCCAGAUGCUGGAGUCGCGGAUUUCCGAGCUCCAGGCCGCUGGUACCAGCUUGCGCGAGGAGCUGAAGAAUGCCGUCACCGACCGCGAGAGCAGCCGCGCCCAGGCCAACAUGCUGAAUGAGCGCAUUGCCAUGCUGGAGGGCGAGGUGGAGCGUUUGACCACCGAGCGUGACAGCCUCUCCGGGCAGGUGGCCACCGAGCAGCAGACCCGCGCGGCUCGCGAGGCGGACCUGGCUGCCACGCGGGCGGCCCUGGCCGCGGAGCGUGACUCGCGCGUGUCGGCCGAGGGCGCCCUGGCGGCCGAGCGGUCGGCCUCCGCCGAGGUGACCAAGACCCUGGAGUCGGUCAAGCGGCAGAAGGAGUCCGAGCUGGCGGCCCUGCGCCAAGCCACCGAGUCGGAUGUGUCGGCGGUUGGUGCUCAGCUGUCGGCGGUGCUGGCCGAGAAGCAUGAUUUGGAGAAUGCCCGGCGUGAGGCUGCGGCUGAGGGAGCUCGGCUGGCCGAGCGCCUGCAGGCCGUGGAGCAGCAGCUGGCCGCCGAGCGCCAGGCGCACCAGGCCACCGCGGCCCAGGCCGAGCAGGCACGCCAGCAGAGCGAGGCCCAGCUGGCCACCGAGCGCCAGGCCGCCACCGAGCGGACCAACGCCGUGCAGGCCAACCUGGCCCGCGAGACUCAGGCUCGCAUUCAGGCGGCCGCCGAUCUGGAGACCACGCGCGGGCUGCUGCAGCACACCGCGGCCGAGGCCUCGGCGGCGCAGGCUCGCGCUGAGGCUGACCAUGCCAGCCAGCGCCAGCAGCUGGUCCAGCUGGCCACCGUGGUCAAGCAAUUCCGCGACCAGCAUGAGGCCCAGGACCGGGAGAUCACCCGUCUGCGUGGGCUGGCCGGGCAGCUGGAGACCGGGCUGUCGCAGGCGCGCGCCGUCGGCGAGCGUCUGGGCUCGGAGCUGGCCGUCGAGCGUGCCGGCCGCAUGGAGGAUGCCGAGCAGGCGUCUCGCCAGGCGGCGGAGCUCCGUGCCCAGGCCGCCGCCGAGGUGGCCAACAAGCAGGCCGUCAUCGAUGCCAUGGCCAUCGACCGCCGGCGCUUGGAUCAGCGCGUGGCGGAGCUCACCUCGCAGUUGUCCAUCAUCGACGACCUGGAGGCCCAGCUGCAGGAGGAGCGCACUCUGCGCGCGGAGCGCGAGCUGGAGCUCAGCCGCCUGCGUGCCGAGUUCGAGGAGCUGCAGGAUGCCAACCGCAAGAUGAAUUACGAGCGCCAGCGCCUGAUCAACAUUGCCAUCCGCUGCCAGGAGGCCCAGCGCCAGCUGCACAAUGUCUACGAGAAGUUCCCCAAGGAGUUGGAUCUGCUGAAGCUGCUCUUCGGCGACUCGUCCUAUGCCACGGCCAUGCGCGGGCAGUCGCUGGCCGGGUCGCUGCAGAAGCAGAGCGGCAGCAGUGCCAAGAAGUGGAACUCCCGCCUGUGUGUGCUGAACGACAUCUUCCUCAUGUACUUCGCCGACAAGAAGGACAAGGAGCCGCGCGGUAUCAUUCGCGUGGAUCAGGUCCGGUGUGUGGAGCCUGAUGACAAUGUCGGCAAGCCGCACACCAUCCGCGUGAGCAUGUUCAACGGCCGGGAUUACUUCUUUGCCUGCGAGGAUGCCGCCGACCGGGACCAGUGGCUCCAGGCCCUGGAGCGCGCCAUGACCCCGGCCUGAGUACUCUGUCGGCCCGGCGCCCCCCCCCCCCCCCCCAGUGCAUCG